ACAGCUCCGAAAUUUUUAAUAACUAAAACCUAACUAUAAAAAAAAAAAAUAGAAAAAAAAACACAAAUCAUAAACCACAAAUAGCAAGAAGAAGCAACGAAACUGUUAUGGAGAGUGACGACUUCCAUCAUAAGCACGGCGCCAAUUAGCGACAGACUACUGUGGGGGAAAAUCCAUAAAACGGAGAGCGGGUGAACGGGAGAACAGGAGAGUGGGAGAGCUGGAGCACUGGAUAACUGGACAGCUGGACAGCUGGAGAACUGGAGAGAAUCGCGAGAACUAGUCUAGGAAUAACUGUAAGGAAAAGCCAGUGAAAAACAUGGCAGCAGCCGAAACGGCGGCCCUGGACGUGGCCACUGGAGGCACUGCAUCGGGGGGAGGAGCCGCCGCUGGUGGUGCCGCCGAGGCGGCCAAUGGCCGGGAAGCACGCAAUCUGGCGGAGAAACAGCGCCGCGACAAGCUGAACGCCAGCAUCCAGGAGCUGGCCACCAUGGUGCCGCAUGCCGCCGAGUCGUCGCGCCGCCUGGACAAGACCGCCGUCCUUCGAUUCGCCACCCACGGCCUGCGGCUGCAGUAUGUGUUUGGCAAGUCGGCCUCCCGGCGGCGCCGGAAACUCUGCCUCAAGGGCGUCAACUCGAACUCCUCCGCGGCCUCAUUCCCCGGCGAGAUGCAGCCGAGCACCAUCCAGAAUCCCAAUCUGCAUCUCACCGACACGCUGAUGCAGCUGCUGGAGAGCUGCUUCCUCACCCUCACCUGCAGCGGCCAGAUAGUGCUGGUCUCCUCCAGCGUGGAGCAGUUGCUGGGCCACUGCCAGUCGGAUCUGUACGGCCAGAAUCUGCUCCAGAUCACCCAUCCGGAGGACCAGGCUCUGCUGCGCCAGCAGCUCAUCCCGAGAGACAUCGAGACGCUGUUUUAUCAGCAGCAGAACCAGAGCCCGCACAAUCCUCACCAGCAGCACUCCACAUCCACCUCGGCCUCGGCCUCGGGCAGCGACCUGGAGGAGGACGAGCUGGACCCGGAGCAGGAGCAGGAGCAGGAGCGGGAGCGGGAGGAGGACCAGCCCUACAACCGUCGCACACCCAGUCCCCGGAGCAUCGCCCAUCUGGCGACCGUCGACGAGCGCCUGCGUUCCGACCGCCGCUGCUUCAUCGUCCGCCUGGCCCGGGCCUCCACCCGGGCGGAGGCCACCCGGCACUACGAGCGGGUCAAGAUCGACGGCUGCUUCCGGCGCAGCGACUCCUCGCUGACUGGCGGAGCUGCCGCCAACUAUCCCAUUGUGUCCCAGCUGAUACGCCGCUCCCGGAACAACAAUAUGCUGGCAGCCGCUGCAGCGGCGGCGGCAGCAGCGGAAGCCGCCACCACGAUACCGCCCCAACACGACGCCAUCGCCCAGGCGGCGCUGCACGGCAUCAGCGGCAACGACAUCGUCCUGGUGGCCAUGGCCCGGGUGCUGCGCGAGGAGCGCACGCCGGAGGAGAUGGAGGCCAGUGGCAUGACCUUCUACCGGCAGCCGGAACCCUACCAGCUGGAGUACCGUACGCGGCAUCUCAUCGACGGCAGCAUCAUCGACUGUGAUCAGCGGAUCGGCCUGGUGGCCGGCUACAUGAAGGACGAGGUCCGCAACCUGAGCCCGUUCUGCUUCAUGCAUCUGGACGACGUGCGCUGGGUGAUUGUGGCGCUCCGGCAGAUGUACGACUGCAAUAGCAACUACGGCGAGAGCUGCUACCGGCUGCUGUCCCGGAACGGGAGGUUCAUCUACCUGCACACGAAGGGAUUCCUCGACAUCGACAGCGGCAGCAACCAGGUGCACUCGUUCCUCUGCGUGAACACGCUGCUGGACGAGGAGGCCGGCCGGCAGAAGGUGCUCGAAAUGAAGGAGAAGUUCUCGACGAUCAUCAAGGCGGACAUGCCCUCGCAGACCACCAGCCCGGACCUGCCCGCCUCGCAGGCGCCGCAGCAGCUCGAGAGGAUCGUCCUCUACCUGAUUGAGAAUCUGCAGAAGAGCGUGGACUCGGGGGCGACGGCUGCCUCGCCUGGUGCCCAGUCGCUGGAUACCCUGAUGGACGACGGCUACAGUUCGCCGGCCAAUACCCUGACCCUCGAGGAGCUUGCCCCCUCGCCCACGCCCGCCCUGGCCCUGGUGCCGCCGGCGCCCUCCUCCGUGAAGCACUCCAUCUCCAAGUCGGUGAGUGUCGUGAAUGUGACGGCGGCUCGCAAGUUCCAGCAGGAGCGACAGCAGCAGCAACAGCAGCGACCGCCGGCGUCCGCCUCCCAGGGCGUCAUCCGGCAGCUGAGCAGCUGCCUCAGCGAGGCGGAGACCACGUCCUGCACCCUGUCGCCGGCCAGCAGCCUGAGUGCCGGCGAGGCUCCCGACACCCCGGACCCCCACAGCAACACGCCCCCGCCGCCGCAACAGCCAGUGCGUCCGAGUGUCCUGCACCGGUCCCUGACCAGCACGCUGCGAUGACGGGCCGACGGUACCUGGUUUGCCUUCUAGUAACGGGUGUGGUGUAAUCUAAGUGGGACGUCGAGGGCAGACAGUACCGGGUAUCUGGCAGGGGAAUGAGUGGAAAGUAGAGCCCGGAAGUGCCCUAAAAAAUAGGUAGAUUGGAGGAGAUAGUUUGGAUUCUCUUUUGGAAACUAUUUUUUUUUAAGAAAGGAAGUUUUUAAAAUAAUUUUUAAAUAUUUUAAAGAUUAAGGAGUUAACAUUUUUAAUAAUUUUAAAGAUAAUGUAUGAUUUUUAAACUUCCUACGAAGAUAGGAGGUAUAUCAUUGUUAUAUCUUGAAUGUGAUUUGUUUUUAAAAUCCUUUAUUGUAUAAAAUCUUUUAUAUUUUUUUCUUAAAAAUACCAAAAUGCCUUAAUUUCGAGAUAACGACUGCAGUGAUUAUCCGAUCACGAUGAUGUUUACUAGAAGGACAGGAAGCUAUAGCUAUAGAUUGUCUAAACUGCGAGAUAAGAGCCAUUAGUAUAACAGCUAGUAUAACACUUGCAUAAUCCUGCGAUUGGUUUUUCGGGCUACUGGGCUUCUACUUAUCACUUAUAUUUUGAUUAUAUAUUCAAAUACUUCCCCCGAUACCUGAUGCUGUCUCGACCGUUCCCAUAAUCAAUAAUAAUCUUUGUUAUGUAAUUUACGUUUAAAAAUGUAAA